CUCCAUCCUGAAAAGAUACCAUUUAAAAAAAAUGAAAAGAUAAUAUCUUUUGUUGGUGAGCUUUAUAAUACUUCUUCCAAAACCCAGUUCAACAAAUAAGAAUGAGGUCAAUUCAACUUCAAUCUCCUUUGUUUUCUCCACAUUGUAAUCCAAACCAGCGAAAGCAGCUCAAAUCACCAAAACUUUCGAUAUGGUUGUCUAGCAAUGAGGGCGCUAGGCUGGGUACUUUACAGACGCUAAUGUUUCGUCAUUUACUUAAAGUUCGAACCAAGGCUGUCAUGCACAGUACCAGUGGUAGUAGUAGUCCCAUUGUUCUUAGUUUCCCUUCUCCUGCCAAGUCCGUGGACCCAGCAACAUUCCUUCAGAUCAGUGUUUUAUUGCUGAUUUUAUAUUGGCUAUCAAACUUCGUUGUGCCAGAUCUUAUCUCCAAAUAUUUCCAAUUUGAUAAGGUGACGGAAAAUGAGAAGCAAAGUGAUGAUAAUGGUGAUGAUGAUGUUUAAGAGUGAAAUUAUAAGAACAAGAUUAAUGAAUAAAGCUGUCAUGCCAAUGAAACAGGGCAACAAGACAUGAGAACGGUGUGGCUCUACGUUACUUUUUAUUUUCUUUAGAUCUUAUUUAUGCUUGGGUUGAAAGAGUAAAAUUGGCAAACUCCACAUUCCAGAACCAGAUUUUGUGAAGACCAUAUUCGAAGAUAUUAAGUAAAUUAUUGUGCUCAAAUGUGGUGUGUUUCAAUUCCAGAAAUCCAAAAGAAAAAGAAAAAAAAAACUACUUUUCUUUUCAUUUCAUCUGUAGUCGAAGCAAUAAAUUCAUUCACAUAUUGCAAGUAAUAAA